AUGAAUAUGAUCAUUUUGCUUUUGGCAAUUCUGGCUAUUGGAUCCACCAUCAGACAGGAGGAUGCGGCUAUCAUCGAAAUUUUUGCACCAGUGAAUCCAUGUUCGUUGGUCAAGUGCGCUGCUGAUACUCAAUGUGUGCUCCGCGAAAUCGUUUGUGUAACUACCCCAUGUGAUCCUAUACCAACUUGUGAGCCUAUUGGCGACUCCAGAUGUCCAGGGAAGAAUCAAGAGUUCCAGAAAUGUGGAUCACCUUGUCCAAAGAAGUGUGGGGAGAAGGAGCCGAUGGCUUGUAUAAAAGUCUGCCGCCAGGGAUGUUCCUGCAAGAAAGGAUUCUGUCUUAACGAGUCGGGAGAAUGUGUUUUGGAUAUUAAUUUUGGAGUUUUGACAAAACAAGUUUCUUGUUUUUUUCAAUAA